AUGUUUAGUUUCUUUUACUUUUUAUCAGGUAUAUAUACUUCGACAAAUUAUGGAACAAUCAGUGCGACAGAAUCUGUUGCAAGUAAUAUGAAUGAUAUUUAUAACGCAAAUUCGAAAAGACAGUGCAACCAAAUUUCAAAUAACAAGAAUAUCAAAAAUCAAUUUCUGGAACAAGAAAAUUUUGAACCAGGAGAAAUUAUUGAAAGUGCUUUGGGUUCAAAAGAAGAGUUGCGAUAUAAAAAUGCACCAAGCUCUGCUUCUGAUAAUCUUAUUUUUGAUAUAAUGGAUUCUCGGUGUUUUAAAGAUAUAAAUGAUGAAACUUUUGGUAAUCCAGCUUGUAAAAAAACUAAAUUAGACGAUAAUAGUAGAUGUAUAAUUUUUGAAAAUGCAAGGCAUUCGGAAGAAACUUUUCAAAAUAAUCCAAGUAUAUACAAUAAUUAUUCAUCUAACGGUUCUGGAUCCCACAAACAAUAUGAUGAAGUUCUAAGCUCUGGUAAAGAUAUUAAUGACCAAGAUAAAAAUCAAAAUGAUAAUAUUAGAUGUGAAGAGAUUAUACCAUAUACAGAUAAAAAAGACUUACUAAAUAAGUUUUAUAUUAUUUAUCUUAAAAAAUUUAAUGGAUAUCUGAUUUCUAAAAAAAGAUUAAAUUACAAUCUUAUAUUUCAAAAUGAAACAGUAAAAUCUAAUAAUCAACAAUCGACAAAUUUAGAUUUAUUUAUAAAUUUUUCUAAAGAGGUUCUAUACCGCUUAAAAUCUGCAUUUGACGAAGCCAAAAAUGAGCAAAUUUCAAUUUCGACAAAAGUUUUCGUUUCUAAGAAAAACAACGAAAGGUUUAUAGCUAGGCUAAAAAAAAGUAAACACCUUUUUCAUAAAAGAAAAUUAAUUUUAAACAGAAGUAUUGAACGUCAAAUAAAAAAGAUAGAAAACAAUUCUUUCUUUAAAAGACCUUCGUAUGAGUCUAUAAAAAAAUUAAUAGUAGAAUGCAGUAUGUUUAUAAAAGAAGUGAUAAAAUAUUUCUUGUCUGUUGAUUUCAAUGUUAACCCUAAUUCGAACAAUAUAAACUAUAUUUAUAACAAGUGUAAGGAUAUCUCACAAAGAUAUUCAAAAAUUUCACGAAUUGUAAAACUUGAAUGUAUUGUUGUAAUUAUGAAAAUAUCUUUUGAAAGAUUAGAGGGCUCUCAAAUUUUUUGGGAGAAGAAAAAAAAACUAUUUUUUUUAUUUUUUAAGUCUGU